CAUUUGAAUGAAUUAUUAGAGCGACAUGUCAUUAUUUUCAUCGUUUCCCAAAGAGCAUCAGAGUAUUCACCCACUGGAAUAUUUCAUACAGCCAGGAAUGACUAUACCUGCUGCAAUGGUGUUAAAAAGCAAUUAAGAAAAUAAAAAGAUCAGUGGACUUCCACCUCAGAAUCCCAAGAGCCUGGCAGAAAAAACAGACUGUGCUAUUAAACCCGAAAAGUGUGCAAUGCCGUCUCCUCCUAAUGAUGGAGAUGAUCAAGGAACAUCCACCAUGACUCUUCAGUCUGCAGUCUCAUAUAAGAGUACUGGAAAGCGAAAGAUUCGACAGAAGAAGAAGAAAGGACACAUCACAGCAAAUGUGGCUGGAACAAAAUAUGAAAUAGUUCGAAUUGUUAUUGAUGAGAUGGUAUUUAUGAAAACCAGAGAUGAAGAUGAAACUGCCAAUCUUAUAUGGAAUGAUUCUGCUGUGCAACAUGAGAAAAUUGCUGAACUCAGGAACUAUCAGAGAAUUAACCAUUUCCCAGGAAUGGGAGAAAUCUGCCGGAAAGACUGCCUAGCAAGAAACAUGGCCAAAAUGAUAAAGAUUCAGCCUCAGGAGUAUAGUUUCAUUCCCAAAACAUGGAUCUUUCCUGCUGAAUAUACACAAUUUCAAAAUUAUGUGAAAGAGCUACGGAAGAAGCGCAAGCAAAAGACGUUUAUUGUGAAACCAGCUAAUGGUGCAAUGGGCCAUGGGAUAUCCUUGAUAAGAAAUUGUGAAAAACUACCCCUUCAGGAUCAUUUUAUUGUCCAGGAAUAUCUUGAGAAGCCAUUUUUAAUGGAAGGUUACAAGUUUGACUUGAGAAUUUACAUUCUUGUUACAUCGUGUGACCCACUGCGCAUCUUCCUAUAUAAUGAUGGACUUGUGAGGAUGGGUACUGAAAAGUAUCAUCCACCAAAUGAAUCCAACUUGAACCAGCUCUGUAUGCAUCUGACAAAUUAUUCUGUGAAUAAGCAUAAUGAAAACUUUGGGAGAGAUGAGACGGCAGACCGGGGUAGCAAGCGCUCUAUCAGGUGGUUCACAGAAUUUCUGCGAACCAAUGACUACGAUGUGAGCAAAUUCUGGGGAGACAUCUCUGAACUUGUGGUGAAGACGCUUAUUGUUGCAGAGCCACAUGUUCUUCAUGCAUAUCGUAUGUGCAGGCCUGGACAACCUCCUGGAAGUGAGAGCGUCUGCUUUGAGGUUUUGGGGUUUGACAUUAUUUUAGAUAGGAAGCUAAAGCCCUGGCUACUUGAGAUAAAUCGAGCUCCAAGUUUUGGAACUGAUCAAAGAAUUGAUUAUGAUGUCAAGAAGGGCGUCCUCCUCAAUGCCAUGAAGCUAUUAAAUAUCAGGUCAAGCGACAAAAAGAGAAAUCUUGCUCAGCAAAAGGCCGAAGCACAAAAAAGGCUUUAUGGACAAGGUUCAAUGAAGAGGCUGUCAGCAGGUUCUUCUGAAUGGGAAAAACAGCGGCAUACCCUUGAGAGAAGAAAAGAGGAAUUAAAAGAAAGACUUGCUCAAGUUCGUAAGCAGAUUUCACGGGAGGAGCAUGAAAACAGACAUCUUGGAAAUUAUAGGCGCAUCUAUCCACCUGAUGACAAACUAACACUAGAAAAGUAUGAGAACCUACUUUCUAUUGCUUUUCAAACCUUUCUUGCAGGGCGUGCAACAUCUCUUCAGAAAGAACUGAAUAAUCCUCUAAAACGGAUGAAGGAGGAAGACAUAUUAGAUCUCCUGGAGCAGUGUGAGAUAGAUGAUGAAAAACUCAUGGGAAAGUCAACAAGGCAAAAAGGGCCUAAGCAAUUGUGCUCAAUGCCAGAGACUACUCAGACACCAAAGAAGCAAAAGGAGUACAGCAGUAACAGUAGUUGUAACAACAGCAGUUCUUCAGCCUCAGAGGAAGAAUUUGAAAAUGAAGACAUAUUAGAGAAACAAGAAAAGAAAGUUUCAUAUGACCUUGAAGAAGACAAGAAUAAAUCACCUGAACGGUCCAGUAGGAUUAACUGGAAGCCUCCUUCAAAGCCAAUAAAGACUGGAACCUUGGCUUCUCCUUCUCUGUCUUCUCCCAUCCGGCGCUCCAUAUCAUGUCCCAGAUCCAUUUCCUCUUUGACUGGACAGUCUCCCACAAAUGAACAAAGAGCAGCAUCUGCAAAGCCUUCCACCCCGACAGUCCGCCCUAGUUCAGUAACACGGUCCCAGUCUCUGAACCGCACUGGCUCAGGAAGUCGAGUCCCACAAAGUUCCAGCUUGGGCUCCAUUCAUUCAAUGGGUGACUCUUUGUUAAACCUAAGAACAAAAGAACAGGAAGCUGAAUUGACAAGGCAAACUCUUGCUUCUCUCAAUGAAAUGAGAAUACGGUUUCCAGGAAAAACAGAUGAAGAGGCAGAGUUGAUUUUGGAUGAUAUCCUUGACAACUGGAAAUACCAUAAGCCAAAAGUCGCCUCCUACUGGCUAGUGAAGUUAGAUUCAACUAAACAGAGAAAGGUUUUGGACAUAGUGAGAACAAACAUACGCUCAGUUCUUCAGAGAAUCUGGAAGGAGCCUGACAUUGACAACUUGCAUUUAUAUCGCCUUUUUAACCGUGUCUUUAAUCGCCUACUCUGGAGCCAUGGCCAAGGACUUUGGAACUGUUUCUCUAAUUCUGGUACAUCCUGGGAGACGAUUUUCAGCAAAAGCACAGAGGUAGUUACUCCUGAAGAACUCCAGUGCUGUCAACGUCUAGUUCAGCUUUGCAGAGACUGCCUUUUAGUAGUUUACAAGUUUGUAGCUGAUUCCAGAGGUUCCUUGACUGGACUAAGUCCAGAAUGGGAUGACACAAGGUAUCUGUUGCCAGUCACCUCUCAGUUCCUUGUCAAGUGUCCCUCUGGCAGCUUCAGCCGCACAUCUUCAGGACUGCCUCGAUCCCGGAGCUUGUUCACGACGAGACUUGGACAGUUCUAACCACAUGGAAAUGUUGCCAAGGCUUUAGAAGUAAAUGUCAACUAUUAAUACAAAUAAUUUAUUCUCGAUGUAUUAUACUAUGUUGGCUGUACAGUACCUAUUAGCAUUAUAAAGGGCAAAUAUUUUAAGAUGUACAGUCUAAUCUUGUGUUCAAGUCAAUAAAAGAAUGCUUCAGUGAUAUUUAGUUGGAAUGAGAUUAUCAGUGAGCCCUGUUUAAGCUACUUCAUUUUGCUAUUUAUGACAAAUGCAAAAGAUUUUUGGUGCUGUUAUUCAAACAUUUUGUAAUAAUUCAUUUAUUCCUGUAAGUAUGGCAGCAAACUGAGUUAACAGUGUAGAAGUGGAGAUUCCAGAAUCCAACUACAUUCCAAGCUUGAAACAAAAAACACAAAAACUUUAAAUGUGAUAGGAAAUCAAGUAGGGUGUGCCUUUGAGAAUGAAUUUAAGAAGUCUGCUGUAUUUGUACGACAAAAUAAGGUUGCUUGCAGCACACAAGGCAUUGCUAUGUGCUUAACUAAUUGUCAAUGCUCGCCUUAUUUCAAUAACCAAAUGUUUGAGCAAAAACACAAAUGUAAUAGCAUUACUUUGCACACUAUUUAAAAAUAAUGUCAGUUGUCCUUUGUUGAGAUUCAAGUUCAUUUAGGAACUUUCUGAAUGGAUAAAUGUUGCAUUUAUCAAAUGUGUUAGGCAUGAGAUUUACAAUUAAACGAUAAUGAGUAAUUUAAAGCAAAAGAAAAAGGCCUGUUUAUACAACUAGAAAAAAAGACAAAUAAGUAUAUUUUGACUUGGACAUUAUGGUUAAAAAAGGCUUUGUAAAUGAACAUCUUCAUUUUAUAGCAAAACAUGUUGCAAAGACUCCUUUUUCCUGUUAGUCAUUUACUGCGUCACAUACCUUUUCAGUUUGCCAUAUCAAGAUGAGCAGGGAGGUUUGUCAAAUUGAACUACAGAUGUUUUAUUUUCUAUUUAUGUGGAGCUGGCUCUGCUAUACAGAUACUCUUCUCUGCGAUGUAGGAAACAGUGCCAGUGUCAGACGGCGUAGGACAUGUAGGCUGUCCAUGAAGCAUGUAGACUAGUCCUUCAUUAGGAUCCUGAUGUAAUUGUUUAGUUAUUAUUCAAGUAUUAAUACUACAAAAGCUGGUAUUAUGUGACAAUGAACAAGUUCCUUUGUUUAUUUGUAUUUAUUAUUAUUUGUAAUUAUUUGAGCAUUUGUGUUUGUUAUGUAAGAAACUUCUUUAAUGAUCCAUAAAAUUAAUUCAUAUUACAGUUUUUAUAAGCAAUAUUCCAAUUAAUUAUGUUGGUCAAAAACUAAUUGUGUCCAGUUUCUAUUUCCCUUAAUUCUUUUGUUUCUUUUUUUAUUAUGAAUAAGCCA